CGCGGCCUCGCCUCGUCCCAUCCAUCCACCCGCCCGCCCGCAAUGCCGCUCGCGCUCGCGCAGCUGCAGGACCUGAGGGACCGCCUCUCCGACCGCCUCCGCCCGUGGAGCCGCACAGCGCAGUUCUGGGUCCGCGCCGCCGACAUCUACACCAGCUACAAGGUGUGCCAGCUGCGCGCGGGGUUCGUCAAGGAUGAGGAGGAGCGGGAGGCCAUGUGGGAGCAGCAGCACGAGCUUGGCGCGCAGAAGAUGUACUCGCUCUGCUCCGAGCUCGGCGGACUCUUCCUCAAGGCUGCUCAAAUUCUGGGUAAACCCGAUUUGGCACCGAUGGCUUGGGUGAAGAGACUUGUUACGCUGUGUGAUAAGGCUCCAGCCACGCCAUUUGAUGUGGUUAGAGAUGUGGUGGAGAAACAGUUCCGAAAGAACUUCGAUGAGAUAUUUGAAUACUUCGAUGUCGAGCCUGUUGGAUCUGCUUCUAUUGCACAGGUGCAUCGAGCAAGGCUCAGACUAUCAAAGACAGACGUUGCUGUCAAGGUUCAACAUCCGGGAGCUGAACAUCUGAUGAUGGUUGAUAUCCGAAACAUGCAAGCAUUUGCCUUGUUUUUGCAGAAGUAUGACAUCAACUUUGAUCUGUACUCUGCCACCAAAGAAAUGGAGAAGCAGAUAUGCUAUGAGUUUGACUUUGUGCGCGAAGCGAGGGCAAUGGAUAGAAUACGAGAAUUUUUACGUGCCACCAAUAAGAAACCUCCAGUUGUGGUGCCCCGUGUGAUUCCUGGAAUGAUUAGCAGGGAGGUUCUGGUAAUGGAAUUCAUUGAAGGGACCCCAAUAAUGAAUCUUGGCAAUGAAAUGGCUAAAAGGGGCAUAGAUCCUGGUGGUAAGAUUGCAGCAAUGGCAAAGCAGAAGAUUUUAUCAGAUCUUACACUUGCCUAUGGCCAAAUGAUCUUGAAGGAUGGUUUUUUCCAUGCAGAUCCACAUCCAGGAAACAUCCUUAUCUGUAAGAACACAGAGGUGGCUUUACUUGAUUAUGGACAAGUGAAAGAAAUGCCAGAAGAUUUACGACUUGCUUAUGCAAAUCUUGUAAUUGCAAUGGCUGAUGAUGACUUUUUGAGGGCUGAAGAAAGUUUCAGGGAGCUCGGUAUCAAAACAUGGACUGUAGCUGAUAAUGAGCUAGAAGAACUAUUUCAAUUAUCUCUGCGAAUGUUCGAUACACGAUUACCACCUGGAGUAACUGUUAUGUCACCCUUUGCCGAUGAUUCUUCACUUCAUAAAGUUGGAGUGCAGAGCUUCCCAGAAGAGCUGUUUUCAGUGCUUCGAACAAUACAACUUUUGCGUGGGCUUACUGUAGGGAUGGGCCUUAGUUUCUCAUGUGCUCAGCAAUGGAGACCAAUUGCUGAGGAAGCUUUGUUAAAAGCUGGGAGAUUAAGAGCUGCAAAAUCAAGAAAGCAAAAGAUAAGUUUUCUCAGGAGACUAUUUUGAUGAAGUAGAGAUAGCGAUCACCAAAGAAUGUGAUAUAUGAACAUUCUGCAACGAUUGGCAAUUGCCAAAGGCUUGAGCCUUCGAUUCUUGAUUACGGUACAUCUGUACACAUUCCUUUGCUUUUGGGUGCGUGUUAUUUAACUCAAUCAUAUUGUUUAAUCCUUGUAUGGCAAUGCCUAUUUUGGCACUUAGACGAGAAAUCUUCUUAGUUUGGAUUCUCGUUUCUUAUUUUGGAUUGGAUGGUUAGGGAUUCUAUUGGAAGCUGAGUACUUCAUGUGAAGGCGUGACUUUUUCUAAGAUGUACAAAAUCACCACUAUAUACUCAACAUAGUUGAUAUUGUGUGGAGAAACAUAAUACUUCCUCCGUUUGUUUUUAUUUGUUGUAUUGGGCAUAUGCGGUCUCGAAUACAUUCCUUUGACCAUUAUUUUUUCUA